AUGUGUUUCUCAGACUGACCUCAGAUCUGCCUCAGCUGUGACUGUGAGCUUCCUGCCGCUGCUCUGCGUUCAGUCUCUUCAGUCCUGAACAGAGUUGAGGGCCUGCACACUGAUCUGCACACACGUUUAAUUUUAAGGAAUAAAUGUUCUCUCCUCUCCUCUGAUGCUGAACCUCCAGUGGGAGUGGAAUGGAUUAAAGCCAUGGCAGACUGUAAUCAGCGGUCGCCAUCCUCCUCUGCUCUCAAUGAUGUCAACCUGGGACCUUCAGCAAACCCACAUGCCAGCCCCAAUGACUUUGACUUCUUGGCUGUCAUUGGCAAAGGGACCUUUGGAAAGGUGCUGCUCGCCAAGCAUAAAGCUGACAACAAAUUCUACGCCGUCAAAGUGCUGCAGAAGAAAGUCAUCCUGAAGAAGAAAGAGCAAAAGAACAUUAUGGCAGAGAGAAAUGUGCUACUGAAGAGUCUGAAACACCCGUUUCUGGUGCGACUUCACUACUCCUUCCAGACCUCAGAGAAACUCUACUUUGUCCUGGACUAUGUCAAUGGGGGAGAGUUGUUCUUCCACCUGCAGAAAGAGAGAUGUUUCUCUGAGCCCAGGGCGAGGUUCUACACCGCAGAGGUGGCGAGCGCUAUCGGCUACCUUCACUCGCUCAACAUUGUUUACAGAGAUCUGAAGCCGGAGAAUAUUCUUCUUGACUCUCAGGGCCAUGUGGUACUAACAGAUUUUGGGCUGUGUAAAGAGGGUGUAGAGCCGGAGGGAACCACCUCGACUUUCUGUGGGACUCCAGAGUACUUGGCUCCAGAGGUUCUUCGUAAGGAGCCAUAUGACAGGACAGUGGACUGGUGGUGUUUGGGAGCAGUGCUAUAUGAGAUGAUCUACAGUCUGCCUCCGUUCUAUAGCCGUGACGUAGGUGAAAUGUAUGAUGGGAUCCUCCACAAGCCACUGUUGGUGCCUCCAGGAAAGUCUGCUGCCAUCAGCUCUCUGCUGGUGGGGCUCCUGCAGAAGGACCAGCACAGACGCCUCGGGGCCAUCGCUGACUUUUUAGAAAUAAAGAACCACAUCUUCUUCUCUCCAAUCAACUGGGACGACCUUUACCAUAAGAGAAUCACUCCUCCCUACAACCCUAAUGUGCAAGGCCCAGCUGACAUUCAGCAUAUUGAUCCAGAAUUCACCACAGAAAUGGUCCCUAACUCAGUGAGUCAGACCCCGGAGCUCAGCGCCAGCACCAGCUGCACCAACGCCUUCAACGGGUUCUCCUAUGUCUCCAGCGAUGACAGCUUUCUGUGAGACGCAUUUCUUAUGACUUUUCAUCUCAUGGAAACGGUGGUAAACCAUUGCAGAUGCCAUGUAUCCAUCGCGUUUGACUUUUGCGGAAAUGUUCACACUGUCCCUCUGUGUAGCGUAGCAAAAGAAAGAAAGCUUUUAUUAAACAAUAAAAUGCAGUUCAAAUACAGACAGAUAAAUAAUUACAGGAAAACAUAAAUGAAUGGUCUUAAUACGCUGCCAAAAAUAACCUCACAGUAUUGGCACAGGCAACGAAUCUCUGGACUCCUGGAGAGAUUUAUUUUGGUGACAAUGGUGAAGCUGCUGUCCAACAUUUCUGCUUAAAAUCGGUCAUAUCUGUUUGAUUGGGUUGAGAUCUAGUGAUUAUUACAUGAUUCAAAUCUUGUUUUUACUCUUGAGUCCAUUUAGUGGCUUCUUGUACGCUGUGGAUCAGGGCAUUGCUGGUCAUGUUUCUGGUUUUUCCUUUAAUUUAUCACUUUAUCACAUGUCUGUUUUUGCCCAGAUGUUUCCCUGCAGAAUUUUGCAAAAUAUGAAACACUCCUGAGCAUCUUUACAGUCACAUGUAAAGGAAUGAAUAAGAUGUAAUGGUGUGGUAUCAAUAGUUUCUAAACCACUGUGUAAAAAGGGGGGAAAACACAACACAACUCUGUCUUUGUGUAUUCAUCUGGACUUGCUGUCAUCUGAUCAGUUCCAAUGUGAACACAAAAUUUGUGACAUCCAGAAAAGCAUUAAAUACCUACUUUGUGUAUAAAUAUGUUUCAUUUCAAUGUUUGUUCAAUUAAUAUUAGAACAAAGAAACAAAGGUGGUGAAAAAAACGCUAAACUUAUUAAGUCAGAUUUUGGUUGUAGUAAGUCAACUACACUGCAUUGUGCACAUUAUGUGGUUCAUUAUGCAAUUUUAGUUCUGUUUUAAACUGCUUUGAAACUGAGAAAUAUCCUCACAUGAGUUUGUCUGAACAUUAUUAUCAUAGCCUUUAGACAGCAGACAGUAAUGUUAGUUUUAUUUGUUUAUAUGCAACAGCAUAAAAAUAAAAAUACUGUAUUUAACUUCUGUAAAUUUACAGAAGCAGCUUUGCAAUAGGAUUGUUGCUCUGGUGCGCAGACACUUUGUGUGUUUCUUUUUCCUUUUCUUUUUUU